AUGUCCAGCAGCGAGCCAGUCGAUCACUCCACGAGCCAAAACCAACACAAGAGAGGAUCUGAUUCAUUAUCCCAAGAGAAGCCACUUUCAACAAACAAUAGCAACACCACCAGCAGCAGCUCAUCCUCCGAACAGCCUCCCAACAAAAUGCUCAAGGCUCCAAAAAAAGUUCCCGUUACAGUUCUCACAGGCUUUCUGGGUGCUGGAAAAUCAACUCUUAUCAAUUACAUUCUCUCGCACGAUCAUGGCCACAAGAUUGCCAUCAUUGAGAAUGAAUUUGGUGAAGUGAGUAUUGAUGAUGCUCUCAUUGUCACUUCCAAUGAAGAGGUUGUCGAGCUUAGCAAUGGUUGUCUAUGUUGUACGUUGAGAGGUGAUUUGAUUGGUGCCUUGUCAAGAUUGAGUGAAAAGAAGGACAAGUUUGAUUACAUUCUCAUUGAGACUACUGGGUUGGCAUUGCCAGGACCAAUUAUCCAAACUUUUUAUUUGGAAGAAAAGGUGAGAGAGGGCUUUUAUUUGGAUGGUAUUGUGACCAUGGUCGAUGCUAAACAUAUUGUCCAUCAUUUGCACAAGCAUCACCAUCAUGAAGAAAAGAAGAAGGAAGUGAAUGAGAACCAAGAAGAAGACGAGGAAGAAGAAACCAAUGAAGCUGAAGACCAACUUGCAUUCGCUGAUCGAAUUAUUUUGAACAAGAUUGAACUCGUCUCAGAGCAAGAGAAGGCAAAGGUGUUGAAAAAGAUUAGAAAGAUUAAUGGUAUUGCUCCAAUUCUUGAGACCAAUCAUUCAAAGGUUGAUGAUUUGAAAUUCCUUCUUGACAUUCGUGCUUUUGACAUUGACAGAGUGUUGAACAUGGAUCCAAACUUGUUGAAAGAGUUGAAUGAUGAAGAGGAUCGUGAACAUGAUGAAAAGCAACAUCAUCACCAUGAUGACCAUCAUGAGCAUCACCACCACGAUGAGCACAAACACAGUCAUCACGACUCUGAAGUCUCGAGCUAUGCCAUUGUUCGACCUGGUUUGGUUGAUCGAGAAAAGUUCGAAGAUUGGCUACUUGAUUUACUCACUGAGCAAGGUGAAGACAUUUACAGAACUAAGGGAUUCUUAAACGUUGGUGAAGCUAAACCUUUGGUUGUUCAAGCGGUUCAUAGCUUACUCGAUAUGAGACCAUUCGGUGAGUGGAAGAAUGGAGAUACCACAAACAAACUUGUGUUCAUUGGAAAGUACAUUGAUAGAGAUGAACUUUUGCGAGGUUUUGAAGAAUGCUUAAUACAAACAAAAGAGAAUAAAUAA